CAGGAGACCGGAACCAAACAGCGGAACCCGGACGUUUUCCAUGUCAACACUCACUGUUGUGUUCCGCUUUUUCAAACCAGGAAGAUGGAUUCACUGUCGAACAAAUGGAUUCUCCACCUGAUAGUUUGUUCGUUUUUCAUCGGUGUCGGCGGUAAUUCAGUGGAAAAGAAGAUUUAUGUGCAUCUCAAUUACACGACCCCUUGUGUGCGACUGCUCAACGCGACACAUCAAAUAGGCUGCCAGUCCUCUUUGUCAGGAAAUGUGGGUGUGCUCCACGUGCUCGAAUCAGAGGAUAACCUGGACUGGGUCCUGAACUCUGGUCCCAAUCCUCCUUAUCUUGUUAUCCUGGAGUCCCCGCUCUUUACCAGAUCCAUCAUGAUGAAGCUGAAGAACGGCUCCAGGAGAGUGGCUGGCGUUGUUGUUGUGGCGCCAAACGCAAACCCGCUUGAGGGCUUCUCUCCGCACACCACCUGUCCCAACGAGAACUCAGGCGUGUAUACGGAGGACUACGAUCCAGCCUUGGCCCAUUGUAAUAUGACAAAGUGGAACCCUUUUGGAAACGGCUUAGCCUAUGAGGAGUUUGACUUCCCCAUCUUCUCUCUGAAAGACGACAAUGACACUCACGUCAUACGGCAGUGUUACAUGGAACAUAACCGCGCUGUGAACGGCAGCACUCCCCAGUACCCGCUGUGUGCUAUGCAGCUGUACUCCCACAUGUCCGCCGUCACCAACACGGCCACCUGCAUGAGGAGAAAUGACAUCGACUUCAGCAUCAGCCCAGAGAUGGUUUGUGACCCGUUGGGUGACUAUAAUGUUUGGGCUUCUACCAGGCCUAUCAACAACACAGCCAAGGGCCACAAGAUGUGGGAAAGUGUGGUCAUAGCAGCAGCCAGGUUGGACAGCAGGUCUUUUUUCUUUGACAUUGCUCCAGGAGCAGACAGUGGAGUCUCUGGGUUCGUCACUUUGCUGGCGGCCGCCCACGCUCUGCGAAACGCCACGCAGGAGGCCCCACCUAACCGCACCAUCCUCUACGCCUUCUUUCAAGGGGAAACCUUUGACUACAUUGGCAGUUCGAGGAUGGUGUAUGAUAUGCAGAACAAUCAGUUUGCCGUGGACCUGGACAAUGUUCACUCAGUGCUGGAGAUAGGACAGGUGGGACUUCAUACUGAGUCGAAGCUGUGGCUUCACUCUGAUCCUGUGUCUCAGAAGAACAGCAGUGUCAAUGAUGAGGUGAGGAAGCUCAUAGAAAACUUGCAGUCGGCUGCAGGAGGUUUAAACAUCUCCGUAGAAGAACCCAGCGCCUCUCAGCCUCUCCCGCCAUCGUCCUUCCAGCGUUUCCUACGAGCUCGGCCAAUCCCCGGCGUCGUUAUUGAGGAUCACCAGUCUGCUUUCAGCAAUAGGUUCUAUGAGAGUAUGUACGAUAAUGCAGAAUACCUGAACAUCUCUUACCCACCAAACAUGACGCCAGAGGAGCAGCUAGAGUUUGUCACUGACACUGCGAAGGCUCUGACUGAGGUGGCCACCAUGGUGGCUAAGGCUCUGUACAUGCAGGCAGGAGGAGUAGAGCCCCAGCUGAGCACCAUUAAGGCAGACGCUCAAAUAGUGACCCGAUUGCUGUACGGUUUCCUUGUUCGGUCAAAUAACUCCUGGUUCCAGCAACUAAUCCCCUCCGACCUCAUGAGCCAUCUGUCUAACAGGCCCACAAACUUCUAUGUCGGCGUGACUCAGCAGUCCAGCGAACCGACCCUUCUGGUCCAGCACCUGCUGGCUAACCUGACCGGUAACACCGUCAACAUCACCCAGGAGAACUGCCAGAACCAGAGAGAGGAUGAGAACGACAAAGAGAACAAACACAUGUACUACUACAUGUGGGUUCAAGGAGCGGCGCCUCCCAACAGUACACAGAGGGAGGGUUUCUGCAUACGCUCCACAGUCCGUCUCUCCAAAGCACUUUCCCCAGCCUUCGACAUGCGGGAGUAUACUUCCAAAGAUUAUUCAACGUGGACAGAGUCCAGGUGGAAGAGCAUCAAAGGACGCAUAUUCCUGGUGGCCAGUCACGACCUGGAGAUGUUGACGCUGGGCGUGGGUAUCGCUGUCCUGCUAACGUCCCUGCUGCUGACGUACGUCAUCAGUUCGAAGGCCGACAUGCUCUUCAGCUCAGGGAGGGAGCCGACCAACGCCACCUACUGAUCCAAACGGAGACGACACAGGCCCACGACCACUACCACCACUACUACUACUACUACUACUAUUACUACCACAACUACUACUUCUAUCCCAAACAGACACGGACAGGCUCUUUUUACUUUAAAACACAACACACGUAGGUACAUAGACAGGUUAAACACAGACAACGACGAUGACGACGACUCCAUGUUUAUGGACUCACUCAGGUGAGGCAUGACAUGAGGACUGGACCGGACUGGAUUGGCCUGGAUGGAUCUGGACUCAUCAGGGUCAGAAAACACUGGUCAGGCACCAGCAGGCCCUGCCAGUGGAAAAGAUGUUUAUAUUUGUUUUUGUUUUAGGUUUUUGUUUUUCCCUUUUUUUUUUUUAUUGUCAAAGAAUCUUUUGUUUACUGUGUCAUGGGAUAGGCACUAAACAUUGAGCAUUAUUUUGAGUAUGAUUGUGAAUAUGUAAAUGAUGUGACUUGAGUGCGUGAGCAACUGACUGCGGGAUUCAGUGUGUAUGAAUACAACAGACGAGUGUGUGUGUGUGAGUGAGUGAGCCUGAACUUUGUAUGAGGAUUGCGAUGGUAUGUGCAAUACUUUAGCUGUCUUCUCUGUCAAUGUAGUUAACUUAUCAAUCAGUUCUAAUCAUAAGAAACCACUUUUUUGAGUCAAUGAACAAGUAGUGACAUUUAAAUUUAAGGUUAUUUGCUAAAAUCUGAAAAAUGUGUGGUGAAGUAUUUUGAUAAGCUCUAGGUCCUGGGAAGUUGACAACAAACCCUAAAUAUUUAUAUUGUUCAGUCCCAGUACACAUAUAACUACAUGUGUUAUGUAGUUGUACAGUAGACCGGCAGCAAUUUCACAUAUUGUGAUAUUUGUGUGGAGAAGAAGAAUUUCCUGAGGAGUCUGGCGUGGCUGACAAACGCUUUACUUCAUAUCGAUCAGCUGCCACAAAUCAAAUCAAAUCCAGUCAGAAAAUCUUGUGUUUUGACGCAGAAAACGCGCUGGUACUCUGGCUGUGCACUCUUUUUUUUUGGUUCAUACCUGUUUCACAAGGUUUUUCUUUUUAAUGAUAACUUCUGAAAAUUGUGACAACAUGCAAGAUAGGUUUUAUUAUUAUUAUUAUUGAUGGAUGUUCAUUUAAUGGCUGGAAUCAAUGACCAAUUGUGAUGCCUUGAUGAAGAAAUAAACAUUGCUUCUUUUCCA